AUGAUAAAAUGUGGUUUUUUUGUGAGAGUUGGAUACGGUGUUCCAAACAGUUUUGCAAAGAAAGCCCUAGGAAUCCUUUCUCCAGUUACCACUGAAAUCACAUUGUACAAAAUUCCAUUCGAGAGCAGAGAGGAGUUUCAGACUUUUCUGAAGAGCAACUUGAACUUUUUGGCUAUACACAGCUUCAGAGCAGAGAUCUCGUUCAAGUUCAGUAUUGAUGAUGUUUUAGUUGCCAACGCACUAAAAUUAAAACUAAGAGAAUUGCCAUCAAGCGUCAAGGGUAUCAACCAAUUCUUCUUAAAUUGGUUGCAAAAUAAAUGUGAUUCACGGAUGGAGCAUUUCUCAGUGAAUGUUUACGAACAUGUCAAUGAAAACAAUCUUCUGAAAGGAUUGAACGCUGUUUCAUGUUUAGAACAAAGAACGUUCCACUACUCGACACAACUAGACACUCCACCGAAAAUUAUUAAUGGGGGAUUUGAUGUAAGAAGAGACGAUGGAAAGUUGGCCACGAUUAAAUUCGAAUCGGGUGUUGAGGAUGAAAUCAUUGACUUUUACGUUUGGCCUUGA